UGAUGGCGUCAGACGCCGCUAGCGCCGUUUCCUGUUGUCAGUGGCUGAGAGGUCGCAGCGUCGGGUCGGAGUUUUAGAGGCUGCCGCGGCCAGGAGUGUCCCCCGCCCCGGCCCCGCUCCCUCUGCCAGGUGCAGGAUCGAAUUCAGGCUGUGGAGACUGAGGCUGUCACGGAUGGCGGGGAAGUCUCCAAGAAGAGAAGGUUGCUGUUUACUGAUGAAUGGAGUGUUUCGAAAGCGGUGAAGCCAGGUCAUCCAUUUCUUCUUUUAAUGUCAUCAAGAAGAAGCUAGUGGGAUCCGUGAAGGCAUUGCAGAAGCAGUACGUGUCCUCGGACAUGGUGGUCACUAGUGAAGACGGAGAUGCCAACGCCAUGUGCAGUGCCCUGGAGGCUGUAUUUAUCCACGGCCUGCACUCCAAGCACAUCCGCGCCGAGGCCGGAGGGAAAAGGAAGAAAAGCGCCCACCAGAAGCCUCUUCCUCAGCCUGUCUUCUGGCCCCUCCUGAAAGCCAUCACCCACAAACACAUCAUCUCGGAAUUGGAGCACCUGAUCUUUGUGAGCACGGACGUGGGCCGCUGCCGGGCCUGGCUGAGGCUGGCCCUCAACGACGGCCUGAUGGAGUGCUACCUGAAGCUGCUCCUCCAGGAGCCGGCCCACCUGAGCGAGUACUAUCAGCCCACAGCCCUGCUUCGAGAUGCUGAGGAGGGGGAGUUCCUCCUCAGCUUCCUGCAGGGACUAACUUCCUUAUCCUUCGAGCUCUCCUACAAGUCCGCCAUCUUAAACGAGUGGACGCUUACCCCGCUGGCUCUCGCUGGGCUUUGCCCGCUCUCUGAGCUCAACCCCCUCACUACCUCCAGGACAGAACUACAGCGGAAGGAGUCUCUGGAUUCAAUUUCCCAUUCCUCAGGCUCGGAGGACAUCGAAGUCCAGCACUCAGGCCACAAGAUCCGACGGAACAGGAAGCUCACGGCCUCCUCCCUCAGCCUGGACACAGCCAGUUCGUCCCAGCUGUCUUGCAGCCUAAACUCUGAUAACUGCCUACUCCAAGAGAAUGGCUGCAAGAGUCCAGACCGUUCUGAGGAGCCCAUGUCCUAUGACUCAGACCUGGGGACAGCAAAUGCUGAGGAUUCGGACCCGUCUCUGCAAGAGGUGUUGUCGGAAUUCAGCAAAGCCCAAGUAAACUCUGUGCCAACCAGCGGACUGAGCGGACUCAGCAGAGAAGCGGAGAUUCCUACAGGGCGGGCCUCACCCUCCCUCCCCGGCCCAGAGGCCAGCAUCCCGUGUGAUGUGCCCGCAGAGCCCCUCCCGGCCCAGGCAUCCCCUGCCACUCAAGACGGGCACCGCAAGCAGGAGCAGCCUGCCCAGGCACAUGGCGCCCUCGGCCUGCAGCAGUCGGGCACUGCCCAAGCUGUCCCUUCGGGAAGCGCUUCGGGCCAGCAGCCUGCCAUUCCCGUGAGAGAGGUGGCCAGAGCGAUGGCCCGGGGGAGUGGCCAGCAGAAGCCCCCGGAGGAUGACAGAGCUGUGUGGAGCCUUGGGGUGUCCUCACCCACCAGUCCGAAAAGCAAGAGCUGGAUCUCAGAGGAUGACUUCUACCGGCCUACCCAGGAGCCGCCCCCAGAGAGCCCCUCAGAACGUUCCGUGGCUCCUUCCGGAGGGACGCCAGAGUCAAGGCCCGGUUUCCUCCGGCAUUUUUCUCAAGGACCAAGAAAAAGCUUCUCCAUGGAGGCCUUAGACAAAGCUUGUGUGCCUUCCCCAGGAGGCAGGAAAAGUCAGGCAGCCGCGGCGCCGGAGCAUAAGAACUUCAGGGUGGUGCACCGCCGGCAGAUGGGACUGUCCAACCCAUUCCGGGGCCUCAUGAAGCUGGGCACCGUGGAGCGGCGGGGGGCCAUGGGCAUUUGGAAGGAACUCUUCUGCGAGCUCUCCCCCCUGGAGUUCCGCCUCUACCUGAACACCGAGGAGCGCACCUGCGUGGAGACCUGCUCACUACUGCGCUGCGAAUCUGUGGGGCCGGCGCACAGUGAUGGCCGCUUUGAGCUGGUCUUCUCUGGCAGGAAGCUGGCCCUGCGGGCCUCCUCCCAGGAUGAAGCCGAGGACUGGCUGGACCGCGUGCGGGAGGCCCUGCAGAAGUGCCGGCCACAGCAGGAGGAUGAGUGGGUGAACAUCCAGUACCCCGAGCAGCCUGACGACCCCCCGGAUGCCCCUCAGGGUGGCCUCCCCUCCCACCCAGACCUGCUCCCCGAGCCUGACACCCUCCAGGGCACACAGUUCUGCUGGUCCUCUGCCCAAGUUCCCGAGCCAGAUGCUAUUAAAGAAUCCCUUCUGUACCUGUACACGGAUGGGACCUGGAUGCCCUAUAUUUUUUCCCUCUCCUUGGAGUCUCUGAAAUGCUUCCGAGUGAGAAACAAUGAGAAGAUGUUAAGUGACAGCCAUGGAAUUGAGACCAUCCGAGACAUCCUGCCAGACACAAGCCUCGGGGGCCCCUCCUUCUUCAAAAUCAUCACGGCCAAGGCCGUCCUGAAGCUGCAGGCCGGGAGCGCCGAGGAAGCCACCCUGUGGAGGGAUCUGGUGCGCAAGGUCCUGGCGUCCUACUUGGAGAUGGCCGAGGAGGCCGUGACCCUGGGCGGGAGUCUGGACGAAAACUGUCAGGAGGUGCUGAGGUUCGCCACGCGGGAGAACGGCUUCCUACUGCAGUACCUGGUGGCCAUCCCCACGGAGAAAGGCCUGGACUCCCAGGGCUGCUUCUGUGCAGGCUGCUCCCGACAGAUUGGCUUCUCGUUUGUACGACCCAAGCUUUGUGCCUUCUCUGGCCUCUAUUACUGUGACAUCUGCCACCAAGAUGAUGCCUCGGUGAUUCCGGCCAGGAUCAUCCACAACUGGGACCUCACCAAGCGCCCGAUCUGCCGGCAGGCCCUGAAGUUCCUGACGCAGAUCCGGGCCCAGCCCCUCAUCAACCUGCAGCUGGUGAACGCCUCGCUGUAUGAGCACGUGGAGCAGAUGCACCUCAUCCGGAGAUGCCGGGAGCAGCUGAAGCUUCUGGGGGAUUACCUGGGCCUGUGCCGAAGUGGGGCCCUGAAGGAGCUGAGCAAGAGGCUCAACCACAGGAAUUACCUCUUGGGGUCUCCCCACAAGUACAGUGUUGCCGACCUCCAGCAGAUCGCAGACGGGGUGUACGCUGGGUUCCUCAAUGCCCUCAUCGGAUUCGCCUCCCAGCACGUCUACCACUGCGACCUGUGCACCCAGCGUGGCUUCAUCUGCCAGAUCUGCCACCACCACGACAUCAUCUUCCCCUUUGAGUUUGACACCACGGUCAGGUGUGGCGAGUGCAAGACAGUCUUCCACCAGAGCUGCCAGGCCGUGGUGAAGAAGGGCUGCCCCCGCUGCGCCCGCCGGCGCAGGUACCAGGAGCAGAGCACGUUCAGCUAAGCCAGCGUGCCGUCCCCACCCAAGCCCUCGGACGGCGGCACCCCGCCCAGCUGGGCCGUCCCAGCUGGGUUCGGCAUCAGCCUGGAUCCUCUCGAGGUGUCAGGAAGACUCAGAUGGGGCCAGUGCACGAGCCCACCAGACGAGGACCUCGAUGAUGUCCCCCAGUCCCUCUCCCACCCGUCUGCUCCAAGAGGUGGGGACACCAUCAGAUGCCCCCUCGGCCCAGGGGAGACGGGCAGGGCAGCUUUGCACUAAUCAGGCCCCAGCUCGCCUCACAGACGCGGCAUCUCCAUCAGGGCUGUUCAAACACUGUGGACACAAACUUGGGCGCAUUCUCAAUUCCACAUUCCUGAUUAAAAGGUCUAGUUUUUUAAGGCAGGUUUUUUUUUUUCCCUUCAUAUUUCAACAGAAAAUAUUUUUUUAUUCUUGACCCUACACAAGUCACCCAAGAAAUCCAGGCAUUCUCACGCGGAGCAAACGUGUGGGAACAUUUGGCCUGCAGGCCGGCGGGUGGCAGGGUGGGCAGGCCACCGUUGGGCCAGAGCCUGUCGGCUGGACCGGGUGCCUUUCCGUCACCCGCACCGGGCCCUCGCUGCCCACAGCUCAAGUACGACGUGCCAAACUGCCCCAGGGGCUGGUGGGACCGGUCCUGAUGACCACCUUCUCCCUCUCCCUCUCCGCCCUGCCCUGUCCUCCUCACCUUUCUCCGGGUCAGAGCCCCCUGGCUCCCCUACAGCCUGGGAUCUCGGUCACCACGGGAGAAGGGAGUGACUCAGAACCAGCACUGUCAGCACUUUGCGCCUUCCUUGGUCCAGGCCAGGGCUGUCAUCUUCCCUACCCCUCAGCCCCCUGCCCUCCACACCUCCCACAGCCAUGCAGCCAGAUGGGCCGGGGGCUGCUGGAGACACGCUCUCAGGGGGACACUCCCCCCUGCCCCACUGCCUGACUGACCCCUGCUGGGACAGAGGUAGGCUGGGCCCCCAGAGAAGGCAGUGAGCUGGGGCCAGGGGCCAGCCUUGGGCAUCGUGACUGCCAGGCCCCACACCGUGGAGUGGCAACCCCCAGCCUUCCACGAAGAGGGCCAGGCGUGCUGCGAUGUACGGAGACACGCAGGAGCAGCCACCUUGUGGAAGGAUGCUUAGCCUCAGUUUACAAAGCCAUGAAUCCCCAAAGCUUUGCUGGCCUGGCCCAGGAGGGGCGCUGCCGGAGACUGGAAAAUGUCACUGGAGCGUGAUUGCCUUUUCAAGGGGUCUUGGGGUAGAGUGGGAGCCUGGAAUUGUUUUCAAAGUGACAUUUAGACCCUGUGGUUCGGGGGUGAUUGCUGCCUUCCCCCAUCUCUCCUGGACCCACAGCCGCCCACCUCCCACCCUGGGUCCUCUGGCCAUCCUGUCUGCUCUCAGCUUGGAUUGGGGGCCUCAGGUGGAGAUUGCCCGUCACUGUCAAGAGAUGAAUCUACUCCCACCUCUCCCUUGGGGUGAUUCGGCUGCUGAGUCACCUGCCCAGCCCUGUGGAGCUGGAUAAAUUGUGCAAUAGAACAGAGGAGGUGGUGGGCAGGGGUGGGGGAGGGGAGGGCUGCCACACAGCUUCUCUGUCCCCAUCACGGAAGAUGGUGCAUACCUUUGCCCAGCACACCAAAGCCUCUUAAAUGGGAAAGUGGAUCCUUAUCCCGGUCCCGCAGCCCCACAGCCAGCGUUAAUGCUCCCCCACAAACCCAGCCCGAGCACAGCCGCGGGGGCCCCAAUCCCCACGCGGACAGGGACUGGCCUGGGAUGGGCAGUGCCACCCCCGGGGCCAGCCCUGGAGGGCUGGCUUAGGUUGGGUAGGGCCUGUCCACCCCACGGCCGCCUCCCAGGGACUAGUUGUAGCAUUAGAACUGACCCUCUGCCCAGUACCAGAAAGCUGCUAAUGCUUCCAGAUGAGUUGACUUUUACCCUCUCACCUUCAAUGGAAAGCUGAUGUGAAACUCAGUGGUGCCCACACUAUUUUUAAAAUGCCAUUUUAUGCAAUAAACUUUCUAGUGAGGGGUGCUGGCCCUGAGUAGCGCUUUGCGAUGUGUGGAAGGAACUGCUGCUGUGUGAUUUUUGAAUGAUUUUGCAGUAAAGACCUGAUUUUUCUCA